ACUUCCCCAUCCCAUUCGUACAUUUCCGUAGCGCCUUUUUCAAAAAACUUAGAAGAGAUAUGAAUCCGGAGAUAAUCAUCACCGUUGAAGAUGAACGCGCCACCUCCCCGUCCCGUUUGUACACCGUCGAUUUCUUCGACACUCAGAUCUCCGUCACCGUCACCAAAGCCCCCUCCGUCGUCCGCAAAUGGAUCUCCACGACCGUCUACCUCCGCAACCGCCGCGACUUGUUCGGCCGCCUCGUCGUAGGCGUCGGAGUUCAGUGGAACCCCUACAGAGGAAACGAUCCUCCUGCUCACACUCUCCAACUCUGCGUCGGCUGCCGCUGCUUAAUCUUCCAGCUCUCUCACGCCACCACAGUGCCGCUCAUCCUCCGCCGCUUCUUAAGCGACGAAACGAACACCUUCGUCGGGAUUUGGAAUGGCUCGGACCAGAAGAAACUGGAGAUGGAGCACGGACUGGAGAUUCACCGGCUUCUGGAUCUGAGGAGGUACGUGGAGACAGAUGACGGAGACAGCCUCCUUACGGCGUCCGUGGAAACGAUUGUGAGGGAGUGCUUGGGGUUCGAGGGGGUGUGUUUGGAUCAAGCCGUCAGCAUGAGCCGUUGGGAUGCUCAUUACCUGAGUUGGGAGCAGGUUAAGCAAGCAACUGUGAAAGCAUAUGUGGCCUUUGAGAUUGGGAAGAACGAGGGUGCUUGGCGCUAUUGAUCGAUCAUCUGAUCGGUCAAUCUACUUCUGAUACGAUGUGACCUAGCCUAUAACUUCGAUCAAUUCCACUCGAUCUCUUAGCUUCAUGAUCUCUUCAUAUCAACUUGUUUUGGUAAUAUCGAUCAGUCUCUGGAAUCUUCUACCAGUAGUCCAGUACCAGCCUUGAACCGAUAGUUUUCCUUUUAGUUUUAAACAAAAGCACUUCAGAAUUCGGAAGGGAGUCAAUUUUAACGGAAGUAGUUGUGUAAAUUGACUGAAAAUGCCUUCCGGAUUUUGUUAGUUCUUUGGAUUUCUGUUCUUUUUUGAUAAGCCUGCUUUUGUUUAGAUAAACCUGAGCUUUGGAUAGUUGGUUCGCGAAACGAGGGAUCGUGAAAUCUUUUUUGGACAAUACAAGAGAUAAAUGGCUACUGAGAUCAUCUCUGAAUGAGUUUUAGAUUUGACUAUGGAUGAUCCUGUAACAUGAAAUUCCCAGUUAUAAGAAAAAACCUAUUAAGAGUUUUUGUUCUUUUGCCUAAGAAAAUGUAGUAGAAUUGCGCAUGGAAAUUAUGUGUAUUUAGUACAUGCAUGGUGGAAAAAUACUCACCGCAAGGUUUGGAAAAGAGAGAGUUAUUUUUAGAGUUUUAUAAUAUGUAGUACAAAAC